GGCUCCCGGGGUGAUCCCUGCCGCCGCCGCCGCCGCCUCCUCGACCCGGUGCCCCUGCCAGUCGGCCCCGCCGCAGUCAUGUGCGACAAGGAGUUCAUGUGGGCCCUGAAGAACGGGGACCUGGAUGAGGUGAAGGACUACGUGGCCAAGGGAGAAGACGUCAACCGGACGCUAGAAGGUGGAAGGAAGCCUCUCCACUAUGCAGCGGACUGCGGACAGCUUGAAAUCCUGGAGUUUCUGCUGCUAAAAGGAGCAGAUAUUAAUGCUCCAGAUAAACAUCAUAUUACCCCCCUUCUGUCUGCUGUCUAUGAGGGUCAUGUUUCCUGUGUGAAAUUGCUUCUGUCAAAGGGUGCUGAUAAGACUGUGAAAGGUCCAGAUGGACUGACCGCCCUUGAAGCCACUGACAACCAGGCAAUCAAAGCUCUUCUCCAGUGAUGGAUGGAGGGACUGAUAACUUGGGAAGAAUGGCUCUCCUGUGGCCUCACACUGCUGCCUGUCUGUCUGUCACUCUCUAUCUGCCAGCUUCUUCAGCUAAAUACUUUUAAGAGGGGUGAGGGGAGAGAAAUUCAUAACAAAUCAGACUACUGGGGGAAAACUGAUCGGGCUUUUAUUGGGAUUCCUGAUCAAGCCAGCCUCUUUUCCAUUUCUAGUAAAAUACACAGCUUAACCCAAGGGAGAGCAAAGACACAGUGGACCAGGAUUGCUGGACCUUCUCAGCUCCCUAGCUAAUGUAUUAAUCCGUGUGUUAAAGGUCUGAGUACAAGAAGACCAACUCUACUUACUUGGUAGCCCUCGCUGCAAGCAGUAGUGGCUGCUGCGAUGUCAACUUAGGGUGCUGAGAUAAGCAAUUAGCUACAGCCUUCUGCCUUAAGAUUGCACUCUCCCGGGGGGUCCUGGCUAGUUAAGAGCGCCUGCCGCCUGUGGUUGGUGACCAAAAUCUUUCCUCAGUGACUCUAAGCUUUAUGUAAAAGCUCAGCUAAGUGGGGAGGGGUGUGCCCCCUAAAUGGCUGGGUGACAAAACUUGGAUUUUCUCUCCCCUUUCAUAUGGAUUUCAUGUCUCUUUAGAUAAAACUGACUAGUUUUAUUUAUAAAAUCUUAAAUUCUAGAAUUCUUAAAGGAGGAAUCAUUCCAGUGUGCUUAUUUUUUUUCCUCCUCUAGAUUCAGACCUUUAUAUAGCAUUGGAACACUUGGAGACUCCUGCUGGUAGUAAAAGGGGAUCUAAAAUAGAAUCAUAGCCAUAGCAUGUUAGUGUCACAUACAGAGAGCACAGUUGUCUUAGCUCCUUGGGUUUUCAUUUACUGUUUGAAUGAACUGACCUCAGUUGUAUUUGGAGAAUCAAAGAACAUUCUUUGCAAUGCCUCUCUAAGACCCAUCAUGGAUGCUGAUUCCCUAAUGCACCAAAGCUAUCACUGGGGUCAGAUUCCCUGUUUGGACCGAUCCCUUCAAAACCCCAUCCCUUCAAAAAUGUGCUCAAUACCGGGUGUCCCUGCACUGUUGAUGGGCUCCUGCUGAGCAUGUGCCACCCCACCUGCAGACGGUUUGUGUGUUUACUGACCACGCAUUGCAUAAAUGGGACAAGUCCAGAGUGCACUCCGUGUGCUUAGAACAUGUGCCCUAAAGUGGUGUUCUGAAGACUUGCUGAAAAUUUAGACACUCUUCCAGAUGUUUAUUUCAUGAGCAAGAAAAUUAAUCAAAACAUAGAAUCUUAACUUUGAUACCCUGCAUUUAAAGUAUUACGGUUACUUUGACUUGCCGUCCAUACAUAAGCUUUCUAAAAGUACUACAGUUUUCCUUAGCUAAGUCAUGCAAUAAUUGAAUGUACCUCAAAUUUUUAGGGGUGGGUGGGUUAGGGACUUGUAUUUGAAUUGUGGAUAAUAAAGAACUAAUGUUUUUUUUUAAGGCAAAUUCUAUAACAGGGUUAAACUACCAUUAAGAGCAGUCAGCCUGGCUAAUAACAAGUCUUCUUGAUCAGUAGCCCUCGUGUGUGUGUGUGUGUGUGUGUGUUCGUUAGUGUGUUCUCCCAUGAACCCUUUUUUAUCCUGUGGUUUUUUCACUCUCAACUAGCCUAACCCUGUAGCUUUCUUACGUUCAAAAAAAACAAUCACACAAGUUUAAAUACGUUAAUGUCUUUGGCUAACUGCUGUCUUGAUGCAGCCUGCUAGGGUUGGACGUCCUGAUGGGAAAUGGAGCGCGCUCUGCCAGCGUAUCACUAUCGACUUAGUGCCGCACGCUGUUUCGUUGUCUUCGUUGUCACCUCUUGGCAUAGGCUUGAGUUUUACCCUUCUGUGGUUUUCACCUUUCUUUUCAAAGUGUUCUGUUGUAGUUGGCUGUUGCAGAGAGUGCAUUAUCUUAUCAUUCCUCAGCUUGGUCUGCUUUCUACAGUCAUUAUGGUUUCAACACCAUGUGAUUGUCUUGUGUAAGUUUAUCCUGAUGUUCCAUGAUGCAGUAGAGGCUCUUUCACCUUCCCUUUUCAUUCUCAGCCAUUUUGAAAACCCUAUAAUUAUGAAGCAAUUGCUUGAGAAAAUAACAAACAUAGACUAGGAUAGACUGACCAAGAUGGUUUACAAGGUUUUUUUUUUUUUAGAUUAUUUAUAAUGUAUUUCUGAACUAUUUGGCAGAGAAAUUCUUAACACUUAAUGUGCUUAUUUUUGAGUAAAAGAUGCUAAAACUAUGUCUGCUUUUUGGUACUACACGCAUUAAUUAGCAAAAUAUUACAUUUUGUUCUCCAUGGCAAUACUAUUUAACAUUUCAAAAAAAACUUGCAUGUUCUGUACUUUUGUAUAAAAUCAAUCAUUUCGUAUGCAGUGUAUCAGGUCAAAGCAGGUGACUUGCCUGUUUGUGGUAAUGUACUAACAAGUUCCCCUGCAACUACAGAUCCACACAGCUCCUCAGUGCUCCGCCUGCCCCCACCCUUUCCAGAGCAGAGCACACUGUGUGACAGCUGCACACAGGCAGGCCUGUGAUCCGUUGAUUUCUUUCCCCAGAUAAUGGAUUUUAAAUUUACAUGGAUCGAUUUGAUUUUUUUUUUAAACUUCCACUGAGCUGCUCUUUUCUUCCAUGCAAUAGUGCAUACUCAGUUGUGUGUAGAAGAAGCUGGUAAGAGUGCCCUCCUACAUAAAUAAGCAAUUGCAGUGUUUUGCAUGCAAAAUUUUAAAAAAAUUGAAUUGUCCUGAUUCUAUUUUGUAAAUGGAGAAACAAUCAUAUCUUUCUAAGCAGUAUGGAGAAAGACUUGCUUUGUGCAUUUUGGGUAUAUAUGAGUUCAUUUUUCCACAAUGUCAUUACUUUUGACACAAUUGAGUUUCUCAUAAGUAUCCUAGCUCAUGUACAUCCGAAUGCGAACUAAUACUGUGUUUUAAGUUUUGUGUUGCAAGAACAAAUGGAAUAAACUUGAAUUGUGCUACAGCUGA